AUUGGAUUGUCCAGACGAAACGGGCGGUUCCUCUCAAGAUUCAUUGGGAAGUGAAGUCAGAAAAGCUGGUAUCAGCGUUCAGACUGGUUUCUUCGGCAUCAAUUGAUAAAAACAUUUGCGACGGUGAGACCGGCGUCUUCUGACCAGGCCCUGAAACCCGAUGAAGAUUGACGCUUUUUGAGGCUAGGAAUAAAAGGAUAGCGUUAACCCAUUUUCAGGAAACAUGAACGCUCUUCCAGGCAGGAGUGUGUUGUCGUUAUGCAGACGUACGACAGCGGGCGCCAUGAGGGUCCUCGCAGGCGGACCGGGUCACCCUGUCACCAUGACCCGUGCGACCGUCCUAGAAACUGUCCGAGUGUUUCAUUCGGGCUCGGGCAGCAAGGGCAGUGUCAGCACCAAGAAGCGAGGCUAUGACAUCACAAGAAACCCCCACCUGAACAAGGGCAUGGCGUUCACCCUGCAGGAGCGCCUGCAGCUGGGCAUCCAUGGUCUCCUGCCCCCCGUCUUCCUCUCCCAGGACGUCCAGGUGCUCCGCGUCAUGAAGAGCUACGAGGGACGCAACCCCCUUGACAAGUACAUCUUGCUGAUGACUCUGCAGGACAGGAAUGAGAAAUUGUUUUACCGUUUGCUGACGUCUGAUGUAGAGGAGUUCAUGCCCAUCGUCUACACUCCCACUGUAGGACUGGCCUGCCAACAGUACGGACUGGCCUUUAGGAGACCACGUGGUCUCUUCAUCACCAUCCACGACAGAGGCCACAUUGCCACCAUGCUCAACUCCUGGCCUGAGGAGAACAUCAAGGCCAUCGUGGUGACGGACGGUGAGCGGAUCCUGGGUCUGGGCGACUUGGGCAGCUACGGCAUGGGCAUCCCCGUGGGCAAGCUGGCCCUGUACACGGCAUGCGGAGGAGUUCCACCCCAGCAGUGUCUGCCAGUGCUGCUGGACGUGGGCACUGACAACCAGGCUCUCCGGGACGACCCCCUGUACAUCGGCCUGAAGCACCGACGGGUCCGAGGAAAGGAGUACGAUGACCUCAUUGAUGAGUUCAUGCAGGCAGUCACUGACAAGUAUGGCAUGAACUGUCUGAUUCAGUUUGAGGACUUCGCCAACUCCAACGCCUUCCGCCUCCUCAACAAAUACCGCAAACACUACUGCACCUUCAACGACGACAUCCAAGGCACAGCGUCGGUUGCCGUAGCAGGGAUCUUGGCUGCUCUGAAGAUCACCAAGAACAAACUGGCAGAUCAUACCUUUGUGUUCCAGGGGGCAGGAGAGGCAGCACUGGGAAUCGCCCAUCUACUGAUCAUGGCCAUGGCGAAAGAGGGCGUGUCUGCCACAGACGCCGCAAAGAAAAUCUGGAUGGUCGACUCCCGGGGCCUCAUCGUCAAGGGCAGAGGAAACCUGAACCAUGAGAAGGAGGAGUUUGCCCACGACCACCCCCACAUCAAAACCCUGGAGGAAGUGGUCCAUGCCAUUAAACCCACCGCCAUCAUUGGAGUGGCGGCCAUUGGAGGUGCCUUCACCGAGAAGAUCAUCAAGGACAUGGCGGCCUUCAACGAGAGGCCCAUCAUCUUCGCCCUGAGCAACCCCACCAGCAAGGCGGAGUGUACGGCUGAGCAGUGUUACACGCUGACGGAGGGGCGGGGCAUCUUUGCGAGCGGUAGCCCCUUUAGUAAGGUGACCUUAGCUGAUGGGCGGUCCUUCAUCCCCGGUCAGGGGAACAACGCCUACGUCUUCCCUGGCGUGGCGCUCGGGGUCAUCGCCUGCGGGGUGCGCCAAAUCUCAGACGACAUCUUCCUCACCACUGCAGAGGCCAUAGCUGACAUGGUAACCGAGGAGAACCUGGCCGAGGGGAGGCUCUACCCCCCCCUAAGUGGUAUCAGAGAGGUCUCCUUUAAGAUCGCCGUCAAGGUGGUGGACUACGCAUACAGACACAACAUCGCCUCCCUGUAUCCGGAGCCCAAAGACAAGGAGGCGUUUGUUCUCUCCCAUGUCUACAGUCCCAACUAUGACUCCUUCAUCCAGGACUCCUACGAAUGGCCCCAAGACGCCAUGGCGGUCCAGAACAUCUGAACUCCAUCUCCCAUCAGCCACCUCCCUCGCUGCGCCUCCAUUGUUCGAUCCCUCUCAGUACAGCACAAGGGGUGACGCGACCAGUUAUGUCUCCGCCCUCCUAUCCAGCGCUCCCCUAAUCUCCCCAAUCAUCACUCACCGGACCCCCCCCCCCCCCAAUUCAGGCAUUGCAGGCAUCAACUGAUGGUUUGCUUGCCGGUGCUUUUUGGCUGUGCCGUCGGCCACUCGAUCGCGCUAGCAGAUGUGGUCAGCUGAUCUGGGCGGUGCCUGGGCAGAGGAGCCCCCCCCUUCUGCAGUCAGGUUAUCAAUAAGAAACACUCCAGAAAGAAAUGAAAAUCAAUAGGAUGCACACCUCAGUAGGAAAUGGCCAAUGGUUAGCCAGCACCAAUCAGUGUGUCAGGCUUUGGUCGUUUGAUACCUCACAUGGCUUUCAUUGCCCUCUUCGCCAACAAUCAUAUGUCUCCAUUACAGUGCCACAGCAUGUCCUGUAUUAAUUAAGGAAACUGUCUGUACUAUACUGUACAUUCUAUUUGUACAUUUCUAUAUUCUAUUGCCUUGGAAUCUAUUGUAUGUAAUGUGAUUGAUACUGAAUCCAGUGACAAACAGUUCAUGUUAUCCAACUGUGGUCCUCAGUCAGCAAACCUCUGAAGCACUCCGGGCCCCGACGCCACCCUAGAUUGAGCUUUCUAGGUCUGGUCCAGCACGAGCGCUCGAUCUUAAAUACUAAGUUAUUGGCAACACUCAUGGUCAAAGUCACACAAUGAACGGCUGGGCCUCUGUCUUCUUUUGAAGGGUGCAUCUCAAUCCUACUUUGCUACUUUCUCAAGUCCUCUAUUCGCGCCAUGCAGCUCUAUGUAAAUCCCCCUCCAGGGUGUGCCAAACCGCUGUUAUUUCGGCUGGAUUAUUCUUGGUCUGUCGUCUCAAAUUUUUGUACAAGUAUUUUUGUAUUUGGAAAAAAGAAAAAAAAACGAUGCUUUUGUUUCUGCUAGAUGUUCCCUGAAUUUCAUGAUGUCCAGUUCUUGAUUAAGGAGCAGCAUCAGAAUAGAAACUCCCACUAGUCUCAGGAGACUUGAGAUGUGUCCUCAGGAGAGUGUCUAACAUAGUUCUGUCCUUGUACACCAGAGGAAGACAUGCGUGUCUGGGGCUACUUAUGCUUUCUUGAUAAAGGGGAACCGUGUGAAUGCUAAGAGAUGGGGUGCUUAAAAGGGAUUUGGAAUCUACCCCAUUCUCUAAAUAUAAACCAAAGACAAACCUCGGCCACUCGUCUACGCUUUCAGUUUCUGGAAACCGAUGGACAUUCUUUAGGUAGGCACUUGUCCACGAAUGUCAAACUCCCAUUGCAAAAAGCACUGGAAAUGAUAGAUGAAAUACAAGAAAGUCAGUUUGUGGUUUAAGAGUCCACUGGUCCAACCAGCUGAAUCUGGUGCACAUGGUUCCUCUGCAUGGGAUAGAGUUGGCUUGUUUGGCUGAAACUCUGUCCUAUCUUUCGCUCCGUUAAAUGAGCCAUAAACAAAUGCCCCAAUAUCCUAAAUACCACCCUAUUGUCAUUGUUCUCUGACAGUUUGUGUUAUUCUAAACACCUUCCCCUACGCAUUUUUCUAACUGGUCCUGAGAGAAACCGUUUGGUUUCAGAAAACAGAGGUAGACCCUUUUUCGGAACGUUAAUGUACAAACACUUAUAGUGCCUGACUGUUGGACCUCACAAUGUCCUGACUAGUAUAUGCUUCCAUCAGAUAGUCAAGCAUAAUAUCAACAAAUCAGUUUGUUUAUUUCCUCGUUUAUUUUCCAGCGUAUUUUAUCGCCAGCUGACUUCUUUCUCUUUUGUGUCGAGCUGUAUCUCAGGUUACACUCCCCUCAAUGUCUGAGCUGGUACGUAGCCCUGCAGCCUGAACUGAGGAGCCUGGGAGUUUUAAAUCGAUAUGAACAGCACUUCUUUUAAUGUAUUCAAAAACACUCCUUACCGUUGACUUUUCCUCUAGAUGUUGUCACUGAUCCCCUGUUGAUGCUGUUAAUGCUAGAGUUGAGACGUAAUGAAAUGCUUAGCUUGUUUUGUUUUUUUUAACCCCCAACAUCCAUCAGCAGUGUGAAGUCAGUCUUUAAUGGUCCUAAUGUUGGUGAACUGAAGGUGCUCCAACAAGCCCUGUUCCUGCAACCACAUUGAUUAGGUGUGAUUGACUUUGAGUAUGUACUUUUAUAUAUAAUGGUCUGCGUCUUUUGAGUGUUGUUUUCGAUGUAGAUGUUUUUGCCAAAGCUAACUACAACCAUAAAUCAUAUCUUUGCUUUUCCCCCAGAGAAAUUAAUGCUCUGAUUAGAAGUGAUGCACUAUGGAAGGAAUUUGUUUUGUUUUUUAAGGAAAAGUAUAGAUUUUGGAAGGGAAUAAAAUGGAUACUCAAGUGAAUAUUGUAAACAAAA